CUGUAUCUUAAAAUUGAAGAUGACAAUACAGCAAUGGUAUUUCGUACUUCAAGAAGUGCGGAACGUAUGCGUUUCAAGUGACGGAACAUGUCAUCCGGCGAUACGAAUGUCGAGGAAAAAACCACGAUGUCACUCGAUAGACUGCAUUUUCCCGAGAUAAUCGACGGCAAGAUAAACACCGAGGAGUUCCUGCGGGCCGCUCGCGAGGUCGUGCGGACAGUCGAUAAAUUCGGCAAACUGUUCGCUCCCGUACGAUACGACAUGCAAGGCAACAUUGACAAACUCACAAACAGAUAUUCUAUGGACACGAAAAGUAACUCGACCCUGCAGGACAUGGUUUUGCUCGAGAAGUCCACUGAACCUGAGAAAUACCUGAUUGCGGUUGAUGCUCUGAUGUGGCUAAGAAGGGCUUUACACCUGAUUCUAUUAUUCUUUGAAAAGAUUAUAGAGGACCACAAAACUGGGAAAGCGACGGAAGACUUAGUGGCGUUCCUGCGAGAGGCGUACAAGGAAACGCUGGAGCCAUACCAUGGCUGGAUGGCACAGCAAUUGUUCAAUCUGUUAUCACGUAUGACGCCCACUCGUUCGCAGCUCCUGCUAGCACUAGCGAAUGGGGAAACGGAGAAAGAAGAAGUGACUCUACGUGACAUGGAGUUAUCUUUGAUAAAUCUGAAGAAGAAUGUAGUAGCGCUAAAGACGUUUUACAGUGAACAUGACCUAGAAGUUACUACUGUAGUGUAACGAAGUACGUUGAAAUCCAAUAUUGUCUUCAUUUAAAAAAAAUGCUGAAAGAGUAGAUAAACAAAGUCUUCUAGGAAAGUAGGUGUAAAACAAGUCAGAAGAGAUUUUAUGCUUAUUACGUAUAUAAAUUUAUAUGAAUAUUUGUACAUUGUAGGGCUUACAUCAGUCAGCGCAUGUAUAAAUUGUAUGAAAGUAUAAAAAUUGGUAUAUUAAAUAUAUAUUUAAUAUAUA